CAAGUGGCAAGGAAGAAAAUUUAAAUAGGAAGUACGUGUCAUAUAGAGACAGGCGGUGGUUCAGCGUAUGUGCUACCGCGCCGUUAUUCAGUGACAAUAAAUAGAAUCUAUGUAGCAGCUGUUUUAACCUAAGAUUUGAAGUUUCAUUUAAUUUUUUAUCUAUAAAUUGACAUAAAAAUUCAGUAUCAUGGAGGAACAAAAUAUUCCAAUUGAAAUCAAUGCUGGUAAACUACUGGAAUGGUUAAUUAAUAGAAGACAUUGUAAUCGAGACUGGCAAUCAAACGUUUUAGUUAUAAGGGAAAAGAUUAAUAAUGCUAUUCAGGAUAUGCCGAUUCAUGAAGGCAUUGCUAAGUUGUUGUCUGGCACAUAUAUAAAUUAUUUUCACUGUAAAAGGAUAGUUGAAAUAUUGAAAGAAACUGAAGCAGAUUCCAAGAAUUUAUUUGGUCAUUAUGGAUCCCAACGAAUGAAAGAUUGGCAAGAAAUUCUGCGUUUGUAUGAAAAGGACAAUCUUUAUCUUGCAGAAGCUGCACAAAUGCUUAAUAGAAAUAUAACCUAUGAAGUACCCAGUUUUAAAAAACAAAUCCAAAAGUUUGAGCAAAGUCAAAAUGAGUUGGAUAAAAAACAAGCUGAGUAUAAGAAAUCAGAAAACACUGCACAAUCAGAAUUUACAGCUCUUUGCAAACAAUUAGGAAUUCCUGGAAAAAAAAUUAAAAGAGAAUUGGUAGAACGUAUCAUAGAGUUACCAGAAAUUUAUGAUAAAUUUGCUAAAAAAGCAAAAUCCAUAGAAAACGUUAUAGAAUUUUAUAGUACCUUUGUUCAGUAUACAUUAGGAAGACAACAUGAUGGUGGCUGCGUACCUAUGGUCAAAUACAUCUGUGAAAAUGGUAAUGUUACCACUUAUGAAUGGACAUACGGUGAACCACCAUUAUCCAUUAUGGAACCACCUUUGAAUAUAAACUUUGACGAUGAAGAUGACAAUACGAAUAGUCAAGACACUAUUAAUGAGAUAGAUUUUGGUGAAAGUGCUGCUGGUGGUAUUAAUUUGGGUGCAAUAGAUGCUGAUGGUGCUAUCAACUUUGGAGAUGAUGUUAAUUUAGAGAAUGCUGGGGAUAUAGACUGGGGUAACAUUGGUGUGGAUGAAGUUGUUGAAGGCGAGAUAGACUUCAACGUUUCUUUGGAAGAAUCGGGUAUUGUCGUUGAGGAUGCUGGAAAUGAUGGAGGCACUGCAACGGGAAACGAUGCUUUAACUAUAUUGGAUAAUCCAGCAACAAGAAAUGAUUUUAUUGACCAACUAUUUGAACUUGAAGCCUUUUUGAAAUUACGACUUUAUGAACUUCAAGGCGACAGUAGUAAGAGUCUUUUGACCAUGAGUCAAUUCCAAGAAGCAUCACCUUUGCUUCAACUUGCCACACUAGAUAGUACUCAAAGUAUGUUAGAUAAUGUCCAAGUUCUUCUAACGGAAAUUUUGGACAGCAGAGUUCAGCAUCUUCACAAUGUCAAACAUUCACCAAGGUAUGUGGACGUAUUGACUGGUGUAUUAAAGCAAAAACUGUCAUUGGUGGAAAAAAUGGUUCUAUCGCAAAAGUUGGUUGAGCAAAGAAUAAAAGAAGCUAGAGAACAAGCUCUUGCGUUACAACCAAUGUUAAAGCUUGUAAUACAAAGGACAAAAGAAUUACAGAUCGAGAUUGAACAAGAUAUAUCUAAGAAAUACAAAAACAGAGUGGUACGAUUAACAGGUGGUGUGCAUACCUUAUAAAUAACGAAAUUAAGUAACUGCGGGCUGUGGGAUACGUUUGAAAUAAUAAAAAUUGUAUAUGUUUCA